GGUGCGCUGAAGCUGGUGUGGUGUACAGUAUCCUCACACGGUGCGACACCUGGGGGUAGCGAGCCGUUAGCAACACAGAGCGCUGAGUGAACAACGUAACACAACAUUCAGACAGACAGGAACUGCGACGAAAAGAGAGAGAGGGACAGUUUACGCAGCUCGACUAAAGUGCGCUAUCAGCUGCUAAAGGCUGGACAGACAGGCGGUGUGUGGACGCUGAUAGAGGGGACGAGAGAGGGUGGAGGGGGCAGACAGACGGAGGACGGAGCUCUCCCUCGUCGUUAGUAACGGUGACGGUGGUACAGAUGGGUGCGACUCUCCUCAGCGCGAGCCGGCAGCACCAACGGUCACCCUAAUGCAGCCUGAAUCCAGCUGCGAAUGACACUCGGCUAACACUGGCACCAUGCUCCCCCGAAACAUGCGUACAGGUGGAUAUGACCUGCCAGGGGUGGAGUCAAGCGAAGUGCCUCUCAUUGGCUACCGGCCUUUGUCCCCUGACAGCAUCUCCAACCAAUCAGGGAGGGGAAGCAGCAGAGAUGAAUUGGAUACGUCACAGGCAGAGCCCUCCCCGAUGAAGACCACCUGGUACUGUCCUCUGGAUCUUUCCACAGUGGUGGAGGAAGAGGAGGAUGGCGUGAUCUACACAGUGGUUGUUAAACAGCAGCAUGGUGCUCUCAAUAAUCCAGUGUCAUCGGUUACUCGCUCCCAGUGUGUGAAAGCAGGGACAGAGGAAAAGCUGGUGCUCCACCUCCUCCAUUCAUUUUCUAUGGGAGACUCCUCCUUCAUCACGAUCUUCCUCUCCACAUAUCGAUCCUUCACUUCCACACAGAGAGUGCUGGACAUCCUUACAGACAGAUUGGAGAACCCGCCAGGGGACAACGAAAGGAGCCAGACAAGACAAUCUUUCAACAAAGCGGUGUGCACAGUUUUCAGCACUUGGCUCUCGGAAUACCCUGAGGACUUUAAGGGUUUGGGAGAGCCCUCUCGCCUGCUGCGCCUGGCUCCCCUCCUCCCCCAGGACUCAUCAUCUGCAGCCGACCUCCGUGCUCGGUUCCUCAGGAUAGCAGAGGAGCUCAGCGAGAAAGCACUGCUCCCCGAUGCCCAUAAAGAUCAGACCGGUUUCACCAGCUCUCCUCCUAAUGCCUCCAAGUUUGAACCCACCAGCAUCCUGGGCUUCCCUGCAGCACUCAUCGCAGAGCAGCUCACCAAAAUAGAGACAGAGCUGUUUGUACGUCUGGUCCCAUACCACUGCCUGGGCUCACUAUGGUCUCAGAGGGACAAAAAAGGGAGGGAAGGUGUUUGUUGGUCUGUCCGGGCCACCGUACGUCAAUUCAACAAACUGGCUAAUGCAGUUUUAGCAUCCUGCCUUUGUCCUACAAAGCUGCGCAGCCAGCAAAGAGCCCGACUGUUGGAGAAAUGGAUCAGUGUGGCAGAGGAGUGCAGAGCCAGGAAGAACUUCUCAUCGCUGUAUGCCAUCGUGUCGGCCCUGCAGAGUAACCCCAUCCACCGGCUCAGGAGGACGUGGCAGGAAACUGACAGGGAGGCGAUGAAGAGAUACGAGGAGCUGUCAGAAAUCUUCUCAGACAAAGACAACUACUCACAAAGCAGAGAACUCCUGAAGGAGGAAGGGACGUCAAAGUUCGCCAACCUUGACAACAGACUCAACAACCGACACCUAAACAGGUCUAACGCCCAGGGCACUGUGCCCUACCUGGGCAUCUUCCUCACAGACCUCACCAUGCUGGACACGGCAGUCAAAGACAGGCUGGAUAAUGGCUACAUCAACUUUGACAAGAGGAGAAGGGAAUUUGAGGUUUUAGCUCAAAUCCGGCUCCUGCAAUCUUCCUGCAAAAACUGUGUUUUCACCACAGACGAGGCCUUCACACAGUGGUAUCAGAGUGCACCCACGCUAACAGAGGAGGAAAGCUACAGACUGUCCAGUGAAAUAGAAGCGCCUAGUGAGCCAAGUCCCAGAGGCCUUACUCCGACAGUCAUCAUCACACAGUGCCCAGACCUAAGUACCUCCCGGACCAGCCUUCCUGGUGACAGCGACAGCCUCUUUGACUUCCCCUCCCCAGUAAACAACCUGCUGUCAAAACUAACAAAGCAUAUGAGAUCUCCGUCUGUGUCCUGUCUGGAUGUCGACACGUCUCCCUCGACCAACGACUCCACCCCUGCCACUUUGACUCCAUCUACUCCAACAAAAUCACACCGCCGAUCAGCCUCCUGCGGCAACAACCCCAUCAAUAAUGUCCAAGGCUCGGGGCCCGACAUGAGGAUCAUCAGGAUACGCAUGGACCUGCAGGAUGGAAACCUGUACCGAAGCAUUCUGGUUACAAGCAAUGACAAGACCCCCACUGUGAUCAGCUCUGCCUUAGAAAAGCACAAUCAGGACCCCAAACAGGCGUCCAAAUAUGAGCUGAUCCAGCUCCUGCCUGAAGGAAAAGAGCUCAUCAUCCCUGCCACAGGAAACGUCUUCUACGCCAUGACGUCCUCCAGCGUUGACUUCCUGUUGAGAAAGAAGGGUGGAAACACUCCGCUAGGCUCACAGCCAAUCAACACAGAGACAAGCGCCACUUUUCCUCGAAUCAAGGCCAAGGGGAGGAGACUGGUCCGGACUUUAUUUUGACGCCAGACUUUCUUCAGCUGGACUCUGACCGCAGUCCUUUUCUUUUCCUUCAUGUUGUCCUGACGUGAACACAAGGCGAGCUCUCCCAAACUGCAAUCGUGGCCUUCUUUGUGCACAACUAAAAUCUGCAUAUGCCUUCUUCUUCCAUGCUCCUGCAAAGCUUCCUCGACCAAAAUACCAAGUCUCCACAGCGGGUGAAAUUUAACCUUUCAGACCUCUGGCCGCCCUGCUGUGUUCACCAGAGCUGUUUGCUGCUCAAGAACAGUCAUUGUGAUAGUUUGCCUCUUUAAAAGUAUGCAUUGAAUUUACACCAAGAGGAAGAGCUGAGGAAACCUGAGAAAACAGAGUACUUGUGGUGCUGGCUCUUGAGUCUCAUUCAGGUUGCACUUGAAGCAUUUCUUUAUUCCAACUCACUGACUAAGAUCCGUUUAACUCUCUAAGGAAAUUCCUUGUUGUUGUGUGCCUAGGUUGUGAGUGACUUUUAGAAAUAUUGAAAAAUAGAAAUCUGUGAUAACCUGAGACACCAUUGAAGGCUGAGAAGCAGUGUUUCUUUAGUUAGGAAUCUGUUCAGUCUGGUUCUGGUAAACACUAGCAAACAUGAGGAAGACUUAGAGUUUCAGUGAAAGUGCAUUAUUGUAGCAAAACACUGGAGCUUGUCAAAAGAUACGUAUAGGUUUUGUAUAUAUUAAUAUAUAUUUGUACAUGUGAAUGAUGUCAGUGUUGUGUUUACACUGGUAAGGAGCUCAGUGUGUCCAAAGUCUUCAGUAACUGGUUCAACAUUCAAACACCUGGAAGUUUCUGGCUUAAAAGAGGCUGUCGUGUGUCAGUGGAAAGUGAGCAUACUUAUUUUAGCUUCAGCUCAGGCAGGUUAAGUAAAAAUAAACUGAAAGUUGCAGCAACCAGCAUUUUUUAAUUACAAUGCCUUUAUUUUUUGUUAAAAAAGACAGAUGAACCUGAUGAUUUCGAAAGCAUUUUACUUAUUUGGGCACAUAAUUUGGGUUCAUGAUUAUUUAGCUUAUUGUUGUAGAUAGUACAGAAGGUUCUACUGGACACUGCCUAUAGUGAAAUGCAGACAACAUAAGGAAUUAGCUGCUAAAGACAGAUACAAAACCUUAUUUAAUUAGAUGGAUAGAAAUAAAACUCAAAUUAAUCAUUUUAUAGUUAGCUGGGUUUAUAUACAGGCAGCUACCAUCUACAUUAUCCCUUUAGUAACCAAAAAUGUCACUAUUUGAGUUUUUCUGACCUCUAGUGACCAAAAUUGGAUCCUUGCAGCUUUCAAAAAACUUUGCAGGUCUUUUCAACAUUUUGCUUUCCCCCGGUUUAUCACUUUUAAGCUAAAAUGAUUUAAAACAGAAUUACACUGCUCAGCAGCACACAUCUCUGCUCUCUAUUUUCACUUGAAUGCCUCUGCUCCAGUUUCAAAUAAUAACUUCUGUGUAAACAUACAGCCUCUUUGACUACAUUGUUGACUUUGAUGAAGUCUUGUGACCUCUGGUUGUAGCCGCUCCGUGCUGAUGAAGACUUCAGAAGGCUGAAGCAUGAGCACAAAGACACCAGAGUGAGGAUUCUUCAGAUGAUGUGUGUUAGCAUCCUGCUGUUUUUGAGUGUUUUAGUGCCUUUUCUCUGAUGGAUGCUAAUCUUACCCCUGUUUGCAUUAGAAUGUACUCAGUAUAAACCAUACAUGGAGAAAAUACAGUCCUCUCUAGUGCUGUGUUGUCUCUUAUCAAAGCUAUUUAUGCACUACAUACAGGAUGUCCUAUUUUUGUGGUAAUAAAUUUACUUUUAUAUGA